UUAAAAUCAUUGUAUUUAUUAAUGAGCCGGGGAUUGAACUGAGACCACCGGUGAGAGAGAGCAGAUAAUACCUAAGGAAAGAGUUCUAGAGGAGAAAAUUUUAUGAAGAAAAUCCCAUUCCUCAUGAGAGCGGCGCAGGCGGUCCUGGGGGCAGUCGGAGAGCAGCAGCCUUCGGGUUAAGCGAGGAGUUCCGGGAGCGGUGUUGCGCUUCUCUCCGAAAUGACCCCAGAGGCAGCAGCGAGCAGAGAGAGUACCAGGCGGAUGCCAAGGCUGCUCAAAGCCGAGAGGAAGUCCAGUCCCAGCUGAAAGGGGCCUUCUGGCUCCGCCUCCCUCCUCCACCGGCCAAUCAGGAUCCAGUUGAUCUGAGGGCUACGCUGGGGAGGGGAGGAGCGCCUAGCCAGAGAACCGUUAUUCAAGCUGUGUUCGGUUAUUCAUUCCAUUCCUUUCCUGAGCUGGAAAUCGGACAAAGUGGUAUACUCAUACAAUGGAAUACUAUUCAGUAAUAAAAAGGAACCACCAACUGAUAUGGAUAACGACGUGGAAAAUCAUUAUGACCUGCAGAGGCGGUGGCGAUGCUGUCUGGCCCCCUAGCAGCGGCAGCAGCGGCGGAAUACGAGGACGCGGAGCUGCGGUGCCGCGUGGCUGUGGAGGAACUGAGCCCGGGUGGACAGCCGCGAAGGCGCCAGGCCCUACGUACCGCGGAGCUGAGCCUGGGUCGUAACGAGCGCCGCGAGUUGAUGCUGAGGCUGCAGUCGCAGGGGCUGGCAGGACGGCCGCGCUGCUUCCCGUUGCGCGCCGCGCGCCUAUUCACUCGCUUCGCCGCGGCGGGGCGCAGCACGCUGCGGCUCCCAGCGGAUGGCGCUCCUCCAGCAGGCGCUGUGCAGCUGCUGCUCUCCGAUUGCCCCCCGGACCGCCUGCGCCGCUUCUUACGCACGCUGCGCCUCAAGCUGGCCGCGGCUCCGGGGCCACCUCCGGCUUCUGCCCGCACGCAGCUGCUUGGCCCUCGGCCCAGCGACUUCGUCACCAUCAGCCCGGUGCAGCCUGAGGAGUUACGGCGCGCGGCGGCCACGCGGGUCCCGGAUACCACGCCGGUGAAGCAGUCCACGGAGCCCCGGGCUGGGGCCAACCCCAGUACCGAAGCACCAAGGUGGCCCCUGCCUGUGAAGAGGCUGAGCUUGCACCCCACCAAACCACAGCUUUCUGAGGAACAGGCUGAGGUGCUGAGGAUUGUCCUGAAAGGCCAGAGCAUUUUCUUCACUGGGAGUGCAGGGACAGGGAAGUCUUAUCUGCUGAAGCGUAUCCUGGGCUCACUGCCGCCCACAGGCACUGUGGCCACUGCCAGCACUGGGGUGGCAGCCUGCCACAUCGGGGGUACCACCCUCCAUGCCUUUGCAGGCAUUGGUUCAGGUCGGGCUCCGCUGUCCCAGUGUGUAGCCCUGGCCCAGCGGCCAGGGGUGCGGCAGGGCUGGCUGGGCUGCCAGCGUCUGGUCAUUGACGAGAUCUCCAUGGUGGAGGCAGACCUGUUUGACAAGCUGGAGGCCGUGGCCAGAGCCAUCCGGCAGCAGAACAAGCCAUUUGGAGGGAUCCAACUCAUCAUCUGUGGGGACUUCCUGCAGCUGCCUCCUGUAACCAGGGGCUCCCAGCCCCUGAAGUUCUGCUUCCAGGCCAAGAGCUGGAGGAGGUGCGUCCCUGUGACCCUGGAGCUGACCAAGGUGUGGAGGCAGGCGGACCAGACCUUUAUCUCUCUGCUGCAGGCUGUCAGGCUGGGCAGGUGCUCGGAUGAGGUGACCUGCCAGCUCCAGGCCACAGCCACCCACAAGGUGGGGCGAGAUGGCAUUGUGGCCACAAGGCUCUGUACCCACCAGGAUGACGUGACCCUUACCAACGAAAGGCGGCUGCAGGAACUGCCAGGUGAGGUCCACAGCUUUGAGGCCAUGGACAGUGACCCUGAGCAAGCCCGGACCCUGGAUGCCCAUUGUCCCGUCAGUCGGCUCCUUCAGCUGAAGCUGGGGGCCCAGGUGAUGCUGGUGAAGAACUUAGCGGUGUCCCGGGGCCUGGUGAAUGGUGCCCGAGGGGUGGUUGUUGGGUUCGAGACCGAGGGGAGAGGGCUGCCCCGGGUGCGGUUCCUGUGUGGAGUCACUGAGGUCAUCCGCACUGACCGCUGGACGGUGCAGGCCACCGGGGGCCAGCUCCUCAGCCGGCAGCAGCUGCCCCUCCAGCUGGCCUGGGCAAUAUCCAUCCACAAGAGCCAGGGCAUGUCCCUAGAUUGCGUGGAGAUCUCUCUGGGCCGCGUGUUUGCCAGCGGCCAGGCCUACGUGGCCCUUUCCCGGGCCCGCAGCCUGCAGAGCCUGCGUGUGCUGGACUUUGACCCCACAGUGGUUCGAUGUAACCCCCGUGUGCUGCGCUUCUAUGCCGCCCUGCGGCGAGGCAGGGGCCUCGGCCUGGAGUCCCCAGAUGACGACGAGGCAGGCUCAGACCAGGAGAACGUGGACCCAAACCUUUGAGCUGCAAAAAGAAGACAAAAGAUAGUCUCCCCUCCUCCUGCUCCCAGGGGAGAACGGGGAGGGUAAUCAGUGCCCCUUUCUCCCUUCAUAAGGGGUUAUCAGCCCCCUGGCAGGGGUCAAGAGAGAAUGCUUCACACCCAUUUGCCAGCUGUGCCUCAGUUUCGCCCCUUGUCCUGGGUGAGCUGCUUCCAGGGUCAGGAGUAACCCUUUCUGAGCCAGCUGGGAAUGGGCCUGUGGUGGGUAUCUGGUGUUAGAGCACAGAGCUCUCUGCAAGGGCUGGCCACAGGGCCACACAGGAACGCUGCCCCCUUUGGGUGUCGGAGGAGAGAGGCAGGUGCUCCAGGAGCAGGAAUGGGCCUUAGCAGUCCUGGGAAACUCAGGCUAAGUACCAGCCCCACACAGAGAGGGAAACCUGUGGGUAUCUUCACAGGUAGGCCCAGCCCAGCCCAGUCAGAACAAACACGCUCCUGAGCCUGGCAUUGGAACACACACUGCAAACUGUGCGCCCGUAUCUUAAACUGCUUUUGGGGGAAGAGUUAAGUGUCGGGGGGGAUUGAAAUGGAUGUUCUCAGAUUGUAUUUAUUUAUUAUAGGACAAAUAAACUUGUGAACUGUCCUUAUUGUGAGUUGAGUAUUCUGCUCUCUUUAAGAAGGUACCCCUGCCUGAGCCACCGGCUAUACCCAUCCCAGGGAGACUACUCCUGGGUGUCCUGCCCCCAGUCCUGCCCCCCGCACAAAGGCAGGU